AUGCACGGCGAGUACGCUUUGGAAGAAGCCGCUGAGAGCGGUUCUCGGAGCGAUUUGACGUCGGAUGAGGAUCAACGCCUGUCUAAUGGCUCUCCAGAGAAGCAAGAUGACGAUGACGAGUAUGAGAUUUUAUCUACCAGAGAUGGCGGUGAUUAUGAUGGAGACAUUGAUGAUGAUGUCAACGACGAACCAGAACCUACCUCCACCAACCCAAGCCGCCAGCCAGAAGAAAAUCUGUCACCAAACGUUGCUACAUCCGGAGCCAUUGCCAGAAAUAGUACAGCAGUUUUGGAGGCAACACAGCGCCUUUUGAGCCAGUACAACCCAGAGAACAUGCAAAUCACUGCUGAAGAACGGAAGCAAGCUUUGACCAUCAAACGCACCAUUGAGUGUACCCCGGAUCUAAAAAAAGAAGAGAGAAUCUCUCCUCCAUCGGGCGCCACGGGAUUAAGUCGGCUUGUUUCUCGCGAAUGA